AUGGCGACGGCAGCACGAUUAGAUUUAUUACCGCUUCCACCGUUCGACCCUGUGUCCGACCCGACGUCCAUAAGCCAACGAUGGCAACAUUGGAAACGCCGUUUCGAAACAUAUUUACUUGCCGUAAAUAUAACUGAUAAUGCUCAGAAACGUGCCUUACUGUUGUACCAAGCAGGUGCCGCCACUCAAGAAAUUUUCGAUUCUCUCCCAGUUGAGCAAGAUGAAGCUACAGAUUACAAGACAGCGUUGGCAAAACUUGACACUUACUUUGCCCCGCAGAAAAAUGUCGACUUUGAAAUUUUUCAAUUUCGCCAAGCCAAACAGAAGAUUGGAGAAACUACUGAUCAAUUUGCUACACGACUUUGCAAACUUGCUACAAAUUGUGAAUUUACAGAUUUAGAUAAGGAAAUUAAAUCUGCGAUUAUGCAAAACUGCUCGUCUAAGCAACUCAGAAGGCUUGCUUUGCGGGAAGAGAAGCUUACACUUGCCGUGUUGUUAUCAAAAACACGUAUUCUGGAAGCCAGCGAUACACAAGCUAAAGAUAUAGAAGAAAGUCUCAUGCAGGUAGAAACUGCCCAGCUGGUUCGUAAGCCUCAGCUGAAAACCUGUUUCAACUGUGGUUUUUCAUGGCCUCACCGUACUUCCCCUUGCCCCGCCAAGACUCAAAGUUGUCGCAAAUGUGGGCGUGUUGGACAUUUUGCUAAAGUCUGUAAAAGCCGCGCGAAACAACCGCGUGCCGUUAAUGACCCGCUUACGCAAGACCAUAAGAAAGGAGGUCAUAAAUUCGCAAAUCAAAAAGGAAAAAUACAUCAUGUACAUGGAAAAGCACCUCAACAUACACAAGAGCCUACUCCAGAGUCUAGCAGCGACGAAGGUUAUUUGUUUACGUGCGAUGAUCAACGCGAAAUAAAGAUGCCACAAGUCCGUGUAAAAAUUAAUAACACCCCUGUGAAAAUGAUUUUGGAUACAGGAGCAUCGAUCGAUAUUUUGGAUGAAUCAACAUUUCAUCAGGUCAAGGCAGCUAAGAAUAUCCAUCUUUCUCGUUCAACGACAAAGCUUUUUGCAUAUGGUUCUGAACAACAGCUUCCAGUUUUGGGAAAAUUUCAUGCCACGAUCGAAACAAAGGACCGAAUCGCGCCCGUUUGCCUACAUGUGGUUCGGGGAAAUUCUGGAUCUUUGCUCAGUUACACAACGGCUGCUGACUUAAAUUUGAUUCAGAUUAAGCUAAAUGCAGUGAAAACAGGACAAUCUACCCCUGCCACUACCGAGAAUUUGGAAGCCACAUACCCGAAACUAUUUGAUGGAAUAGGAAAGCUUAAAGACCGUGAAAUCAAACUGCAUAUCGAUAGCACCGUUCCGCCGGUGGCUCAGCCCGCUCGACGUAUACCAUUUCAUUUGCGGAAGAAAGUGUCGGAAACUCUGCGUGAUUUGGAAGACCAAGGCAUUAUUGAAAAAGUGGCAGAAACAAGCACCCCCUGGAUAUCACCCUUGGUCGUAAUUCCAAAAAACGACGGAACUGUUCGCUUAUGCGUGGACAUGAGAAUGCCUAACCGCGCGAUUCAACGGGAACGCCACCCUAGCCCUACCAUCGACGACCUUAUACACGCGUUAAAUGGUGCUACAGUUUUUUCCAAGUUAGAUCUUCGCUCUGGUUACCACCAACUGGUUUUAUCAGAAGAAAGCCGUCACAUCACUACUUUCGCUACUCAUAAAGGGUUACGAAGAUAUACACGUCUUAACUUUGGAACGUCGUCAGCAAGCGAAAUUUUUCAGAACGCCGUUUACGAACAAAUUCGGAAUAUUGAGGGUGCCGUAAAUAUCAGCGACGAUGUUAUCAUUUAUGGUAACACCCAAAACGAUCACGACCGCGCGUUACAUGCGGUAUGCAAACGAUUCCAAGAUAUGGGGUUGACGUUAAACAAGGCAAAGUGCGAGUUAAACAAAAAGGAGAUCACGUUUUUUGGCUAUGUGUUUUCUGACAAAGGAAUCUCUGCCGACCCCCAGAAAGUUCAUGCAAUUCACAACGCCCCGCCGCCACAGUCAGUCAAGGAUAUUCGCAGUUUCUUAGGGAUGGCAAACUACUGUGCAAAAUUUAUUUCACAAUUCAGUGAUAUCAGCGAGCCCUUGCGAAACUUAACAAAGAAAAACAGUGUUUUCCGGUGGACCCCUAAGGAACAAAAGUCGUUCGAUAACAUCAAGUUGGCAUUGACUAGUGACAAGGAUUACGAUUUUGAAAUUGUUUAUAAACAAGGAGCUCAAAACCCUUCGGAUUUCUUGUCAAGACACACCUUUACGGAUACAACUAGUAAAUCUCAGUCAUCAACAGCCGACAAAUACGUCAAUUUUCUCGCUCGUCAUGCUGUUCCGAAGUCUAUGGACUACAAAGAAAUUCAAGAUGCCACAUUCGCAGACCAAACCUUGCAAGCUCUCAUACGCCUUAUUCAUGAUAAUUCGUGGAACAACAUUCGAAGUAUGCAAUCACCUGACGUUGAUAAAGAGGAAUUAAACUUAUUUGCUAAAAUAAGAAGCGAAUUAACUGUCAAUGAUGAUGCAAGCCUAAUUCUGCGAGGAUCACGAAUUGUUCUUCCUAAAUUUCUCCGCCAUAGAGCCAUAGCAAUUGCUCACGAAGGACAUCAAGGGAUCGUCAAAACCAAACAACUUCUACGAGAGAAAAUUUGGUUUCCUAACAUCGAUAAAUCUGUCAAAGAUGUGCUUGCAAAUUGUUUACCCUGCCAAGCCAUUGGUCCGGAAAAUAGGCCUGCCCCAUUACAUAUGAACGAAUUGCCUCCGAAGCCCUGGCAUACUGUACACAUUGAUCACUGUGGACCGUUUCCUACCGGAGAAUAUAUUCUCGUGGUCAUCGAUGCUUACUCUCGAUUCCCAGAAGUGGACAUUGUGCAUUCCACAUCAGCCUCUGCGACAAUUGCUAAACUCGAUCGAAUUUUCGCAACACAUGGAUUGCCCCACGUAGUUAAAAGUGACAAUGGCCCACCAUUUAACAGUGCUGACAUCAAGGAUUACAUGAAAGAAAAUGGCAUACAUUUUCAACCCAUAACACCGUUGUGGCCCCAAGCCAAUUCCGAAGCUGAGAACUUUAACAAACCAAUGACUAAAGCCAUCAAAGCAGCACAAGUGGAGGGGAGAAAUUGGAAGAAAGAGCUUUACAGAUUCGUUCUAAAUUACCGUGCCACUCCACAUACAACAACAAAAUAUCCUCCAGCACAGCUACUUUUUCAUCGCAAAAUUCGGAUAAAGUUGCCAGACACAGUGGAAAAGAGUCUAUCGCCCUUGGACGAAGAUAUUCGCAAAAACGACACACAGGCAAAGGCAAUGAUGAAGCAAAAUGCGGACCGGAAAAGAGGAGCUAAGGAACGUAAAAUGAGUAUUGGCAAUCUGGUACUAAUUCGACAAAGAAAAAGAAACAAGUUAACAUCCAAAUUCGAUCCGAAGCCUUUUCGUAUAGUACGAAUAAAAGGAACGAUGAUCACAGCUUGUAGAAAUGGACAUUACGUAACAAGGAACAUUUCAUUUUUUAAGCCAAUUCAGGAAAGAAAGGAUUUGGAAUUUUACAAUGAUGCGGAUGAUGAAGAAUCAUUAGAACUACCUGCGACCGGAGAAGGACAGCAAGAAGAAGCAGACACCCAGAAUAACGCCAGAUAUCCACAAAGAAUUAGAAGAAGAGUUCAAAGAUAUGGACAAAACAUUUACGAUACGUAA